GAUUGGAGAAUAAAGCAAAGUGAGUGGUAUUUAUUCAAAGACAACUCAUCAUUAUAGGACACAGAGCUCCCUGGGUAGGAGUGGAAGCCUUCUUAACUCAGAAAGAACCUUCCAACACAAGAUUCUCAAAGAAAAAUGAGCACCAAGGGCAAAGUUAUUAAAUGUAAAGCAGCCAUCGCCUGGGAAGCAGGCAAGCCCCUCUGCAUUGAAGAGGUUGAAGUAGCUCCCCCCAAGGCUCAUGAAAUUCGAAUUCAGAUCAUUGCUACUUCCCUUUGCCAUACUGAUGCCACUGUUAUCGAUUCUAAAUUUGAGGGCCUAGCCUUCCCCGUGAUCGUUGGCCAUGAGGCUGCAGGGAUUGUGGAAAGUAUUGGGCCAGAAGUGACCAACUUCAAACCAGGUGACAAAGUAAUUCCACUUUAUGCACCUCAUUGUAGAAAAUGCAAGUUUUGUCUGAGUCCACUCACAAAUUUUUGUGGAAAAAUCAGUAAUCUUAAAAAUCCUGCUACUCAUCAACAACUAAUGGAAGACAAAACCAGCAGGUUUACCUGCAAAGGAAAACCAAUUUACCAUUUCUUGGGAAUCAGUACAUUCUCUCAGUACACUGUGGUGUCAGAUAUUAAUCUUGUCAAAAUAGAUGAUGAUGCGAAUUUAGAGAGAGUUUGUCUGCUUGGAUGUGGUUUUUCAACUGGCUACGGGGCUGCAAUCAACAAUGCCAAGGUCACCCCUGGUUCAACUUGUGCUGUCUUUGGCCUAGGAGGUGUGGGUCUUUCUGCUGUAAUUGGUUGUAAAAUGGCAGGAGCUUCCAGGAUCAUAGGUGUUGACAUCAACAGUGAGAAGUUUGCAAAGGCUAAAGCCCUGGGAGCCACUGAAUGCCUCAAUCCUAGAGACCUACAUAAACCUGUCCAGGAGGUUAUCACUGAAUUGACCAAGGGAGGUGUGGAUUUCGCCCUUGAUUGUGCUGGUGGAUCUGAAAGCAUGAAAGCAGCCCUGGACUGUACAACUGCGGGCUGGGGAUCAUGUACUUUCGUUGGGGUAGCUCCUGGUAACAAAGGAUUGACUCUUUUUCCAGAGACGCUAAUAAUCGGCCGUACUAUAAAUGGAACAUUCUUUGGUGGUUGGAAAAGUGAUUCUAUCCCAAAGCUGGUCACCGACUAUAAAAAUAAGAAAUUCGAUCUGGAUGCAUUGGUGACCCACACCCUGCCUUUUGACAAACUCAGUGAGGCAUUUGACCUAAUGAACCAAGGAAAAAGCAUCCGAACAAUCCUGAUCUUUUGAAGAUCCCAAGAGCAACUUGGAUACUGUCUGAUUGAAUGUGAGCCUGUCUGGUUAAUUUAUUACCUGACUUGAUGAACCAAGGAAAGCCAUGAGUUUAAACAAAUAUUUACAUUUCAUAUGGCAACAAAAAAGAGCUUUAAUUAUUAUAGCCUUUGUACCCAUUACAUGUUAAUAUUACCUAUGUUAAAUAAUAAUGAUAACUAGUGUUUAUUAGUAGAAUCAUAUGAUCUUUAGAAAUUGUUCAAAAUUAAUUCUGGGAAGGUGAAUGUGGGGAUUGAAGAGAUAAUAAAACUAGAUUGGCCAUAUGUUUAUAAUUUUUUUAGAUUGGGUAAUUAAUACAUGGAGUUUCAUUAUACUUUUCUCUCCACUUUUGUCUAUGUUGAAAAUUUUCUGGGAGCUAAAUGAUGAGAACACAUGGACACAUGAAGGGGAACAACACACACUGGGGCCUAUUGAGGUUGGGGACUUGGGGAGAGAGCAUCAGGAAGAAGAGCUAAUGGAUGCUGGGCUUCAUACCUGGGUGAUGAGAUGAUCUGUGCAGCAAACCACCAUGGCACAUGUUUAUCUAUUGUAACAAACCUGCACAUCCUGCACAUGUAUCCUAGAACUUAAGAAAAGUUGGAAAUUUAAAAAAAGAAUGAAUAAGAUCUAGUAUUUGAUAGCACAACAGGGAGACUAUAGUCAAUGGUAAUUUAAUUGUUUAUUUUAAUAUGACUAAAAGAGUAUAAUGAAUUGUUUGUAUACAAAGGAUAAAUGCUUGAGGGGAUGGACACCCCAUUUUA